AUGGGAGAUCACAGGAUGCCAGGAAACCAGGCCCGGCGGACAAUAAAGCCAAUAUCUCAAGACACUACUGGCAAGUCUGUGUGGAAGGACUCUUCCAAGUGUUUCUUAAAGCACAGGAAAGAGCCGCUGAGGUUGCCCACCUCUGUGGAGGGCCAGCACCGACCCUCUGUUAAGGAACGGCCAGAUGACUUCAGGAAAGUCGGGACAGCAAGUGAAGAGCUGACCCCGCGCAGCAUGGAGGGUACCAUUUUCCCUACGAUUUUUCGUGGAAUGCCCAGUCCGGUUGCCAACAAGAGCCCGAGAAAGCAGAUCGAUGACUCGGGAGUGUAUCAUCCACUUUUGCCGGUCCAGCAAACACGAAGAACCUUCUGGGACGACAUAGGUUUCCGCCAGAAUCAGAAUCUGCUGACUCCCUGGCCUCGAGGAGAAGAGAAUUCCGCAGACAUAUUAAUCAAAAUGCUGGAAACACCAAGACCUAACAGGAUUCUGGAGUACAAGUGGCCAUAUUGGGAAGAUUACAGGGAAGCAACCAAGCAGCCCACCAACACCUGCAAACAGUCCCAAGGCAAAUUAGAUCUGGAGCCUCACAAGCUUCCCUGGUCAUGCGAAGGCACUUGGCUCCAUGACGGCAAACCCAGGGGCCAGGAUAUGCUUAGCUCUAUUUAUUACAAGUACAUAUACAAAGGAGGGGAUGACGUCCGUGACUGGGCUGAACACCACCGAGAUGCCAUGAAACAAACUGACACGGGAUAUGAAAAUCAACCGAGCUACGAAGAAUCAUCUGCCAAGAAAACGGAUCCGCCCACAUUUGAUCUCAAGUAUGGCAAGAAAACGAGCAAAGGGAAGGACAUCAGACUCUCCAAACAGGACUCCAACUUCGAUACAAAACUCCAAAAACAACACGAUCCUCAUAAAUCCAGCAAGGAGAUUAGGUAUGAAUCAUCAUCAUACCUGAAAAAUCACCGGUUGAAAACCCUAGAAAAUGAAGACUCUGUAACAGAUUCCAAUGAACUUGAACUUCAAGGUGAAAACAUUGGUAAUCCAGAAAUCGCUGGAGAAGCUUAUGAACCAACUGACUGGAGAUACUUCAUAAGCAAGGAAGAAACUACACCAAGCACCCUGGAGCAGAUGUUUAUGAAGAGGAGAUGGGGUUAUGAAUGUUCUACUCCUACAUCAAACAUGUUUAAAGAUUGUUAUUGGAUCAUGGAUACAGGUGAUGACGACGAUGACGACGAUGAUGAUAAACAUGAAGAAGAGGAAAAAGCACAGGAACAGAAGAAAGAAAAUAACUAG